AGCCAACGUGCUGAGCAAUUCAGAAAAAAAGAGGGAAAAUGCUGUUGAGUUGAUUAUUGGCUUUAUAUCUCGGAUUCGUAUUGAAGGAUCGUUCACCCUAGGAUGAGCGACACAGCUCUUAUUCCAAAAUGACGACACAACGAAUAUGUUUAUUUCGGUCACUUCACCCUCUUGUCCGACAGACUGUUCAUUUCCAUACCACUAGGAAAGGAUCGAUAGGAUUAUUUCGGAAAUGCUAUCGACAGUACAGCACAGAGACUGAACCCUUACCACCAGCAGACCAACCCACCUCCCUCGACCAGCCUUCCGAACAUUCGCACCUAAACCCCUCACCCGAAGACUAUUCUCGAUUCAUUUUCCAGGAUAAAUGCCGCUCGGUGAUGUAUGCGGGCUCUGGUGGUAAUGGAUGCGUCUCGUUUCUCCGAGAAAAAUAUAUUGAGGAAGGCCCGCCGAAUGGCGGCGACGGCGGCAGUGGUGGAGGUAUCUACAUCCAGGCCAUUGAAGGUCUCACGAGUCUACAUAAGCUUGCGCGCAGGGGGGUCAUAAAAGCUGCUCGAGGGAAAAAUGGACAGGGUAAAAGCAAAGGUGGCAAACGAGGCGACGAUGUUCUUAUACAGGUGCCCGUGGGGACUGUGGUGCGUGAAGUGAGUAGAUAUGAUCCAGUUGCUGAGGAACUGGCCCUUCGGAAACGACAGCGAGCUGCGACAGUGGAGGAGCUAGAUGAGAUUGGGCUGCCGUCUAUUCGCCGUGACCGAUGGGUACUUUACCCUGGAGCAAAUCCCUCAGAUUUCUUGACGACGGUAUUCCCAAGGAACCCACCUAGGAGACAGGCUAUCGCCGCCCUGGAACCGAAAGCACCAAUUCAUCUUGAUCUGUCGCAUCAUAUGGACAAACCUAUCUUGCUUGCUGCCGGUGGUGUAGGGGGUUUGGGAAAUCCGCAUUGGGUGUCCCGUUCGAUUACUCGCCCGAAUUUUGCCUCUAGAGGAGAAGGGGGUAUGCGCCUGGAGCUAGAAUUUGAAUUGAAGCUGCUCGCCGAUGUUGGCCUGGUUGGAAAACCUAACGCUGGAAAAAGUACGCUACUCCGGUCGCUGACCAACAGUCGUACGCGGAUUGGAAACUGGGAAUUUACCACCCUUUCGCCAAAUAUCGGAACGGUCGUUAUUGAUGAUCAUAAAGGAAGGCCGCUGGUGGAAUCCAAGGGAAAGGCCCGGCGGACUAGCUUUACUAUUGCCGACAUUCCUGGCUUGGUUGAGAACGCGCAUCUUGACCGUGGUCUGGGUCUAGGGUUCCUGCGACAUAUCGAACGAGCAGGCAUUUUGGCUUUUGUAGUGGACCUUAGCGCUGGGGAUCCCAUACAAGGACUCAAGAAUCUGUGGCAUGAACUUGGCGAAUACGAGCGGGUACGUGAUGCGGAACCGUCUUUGAAGUUCGACGACUCUUCAACAUGGAUUCCACCCACGCAUGGUCUGCCUGAGCUUCAGUCUGAAACCCAUGAGAUCAUGAACAAAUCUGAGCUUCCCGAUCUCACCCUCCCCCCUAUCCACACGAAACCUUGGUUCGUUGUUGCUACCAAGGCUGAUCUGCCAGAGACCCAAGAACAGUACAAGAUACUAAGGGACUAUCUUUCCGCUGUAGAGAAGGCCCAGGUUGAGCAUCCCGGAGGCAACCCCGAUGGUUGGAGGGAGAAGCUACACGCUGUUCCUGUGAGCGCUAUGAGGGGAGAGGGAGUCGAACGCAUUCCUAAACUCAUCAUGGAGUUCCUGCAAUGAGCCGGUUUUAUACAUCUCCUGUGUACAUGGUCUGCAAACGCAGCUGGGCUAAUUUUACUAUCCUGCGAUAUGGCAAAUUCGGUCAUUGUAUUUAUUGGAUCCUUGUAUAUUAUUCACGUGGUAGAUACCCAAA